UUGCUAUUCUACAGUAAAACAGAUACACAGAGAAUCCUGUAGCUGUGUUCAGGUGUUCAUCCUGUCGGAAACCGACACAACACCACGGAAGACAACUGUAACGUCCAAACAGCACUUUUAAACAGUCAGCUUACUUUCUGGUGAACUUCUUUUCCCUCAGAGGACCAGUUGGAUUAUUCAGUCAUUUUGUCUGCGGGUUUGUGUGGAAGAGGAACUUUACCUUGUGGUGUUUACAGAACACAACUCUGCCAUGUCUACAGUGUAUAAACCCGCUCGAAAUGGCAACGAAAAUGUUGUCUUCAUUACGGAGGAACGGAAGUCUGCAUCGAAGCUGAAGAAGACGGGGCUUGUGGUGGGAGGUGUGGUCGUCGUGCUGGUACUGGCGGCUGUGGCUGGCUUUCUCAUAUGGUGGUUCGCUGUCAAACCAAAAAUACUUCAGCAGAAAAAGGCACUUGAAAUGAUAUCCCAGAGAACGAUUGUCUUCAGUGGCGAUAUGAAGCUGGUAGAUGCCCCAUACAAGCCUGAAUACGAGGACCCCAAGAGCAUGGAGUUCCGCGAGACAGCCGAAACACUGCAAGACAUUCUGAAUAAGACGAUCAGCGAAGACGCUUUUCUCAAGAAGUACUACAAUCGGUCUGUCAUCUCCGCCUUCAGCAAUGGUGUGGUCGCAUACCACUGGAUACGGUUUGAUUUUCCCUCGUCGGACCUUGAACUGCUGCCCAAGCUGACAGAGGAGCGCUUGCUGGAAAACCUUCGCCGAGGAGUCCGUCUGGAGGGCAAACGCAGCAUGCAGGCCUUCACCAUUACAGAUGUCACCGCCUCAAUUACAGACCCCCGGAUGGCCAGGAACCCGAGUGCCUCAACCGAUUGUUUCUUCAAACUGGAGGCUACCUCUAGCAUCAAGAUUUUCACAUCUCCUGGUUACCCAAACCAAUAUCCACCCCAGACACGCUGCCAGUGGCAAAUCCGUGCUCCUGAAGGCAAAGCCAUCCUGAUCAAGUUCCCGUUCUUCUACGUUCAGGACUCAUGCUCCUCUGACUACGUGUAUAUCUUUGACUCUCUCAGCACCAGUGCAGCUCACGCCAUCACACAGUAUUGUGGUCACCGCCCCCCGACUAAUCCCCUGGAAGUGAUCUCCUCUGGCAACCUUAUGCUCGUCAACCUCAUCACCGAUAGUCCGAUUCAAAGACCAGGAUUCGAAGCACGUUACAGUGCCAUCCCCAUCGUUACAGCUCAGACAUGCGGAGGUCUUCUGACCAACGAGUCCGGGACCUUCACCAGCCCACAUUACCCCAGCUUCUACCCCCCCAUGGUGGACUGCAACUGGACCAUCAGUGUCCCGAUAGGCAUGAAAAUCCGGGUGAAGUUCACCAUGUUCCGUCUGAAGGAACCGGGCGUGAACAUCCGCGUUUGCAGCAAAGACUACGUGCAGAUCAACGGCACAAAGUACUGUGGGGAAAGAUCUUCCCUGGCUCUGAACAGCAACUCCAACACCAUGCUGAUAACCUUCCAUUCAGACGGCUCGUACACGGACAAAGGCUUCAGAGCCCAAUACAAAGCUUACGACCCACAGAACCCUUGUCCGGGUCAGUUUACCUGUGCCACAGGUUUCUGCAUUUCCAAAGAGCUGCAGUGCGAUGGGUGGAACGACUGUGGAGACAUGAGCGACGAGAAAAAGUGUCAAUGCGAGGAUGACCACUUUGUAUGUGCCAAUGGCAUAUGUAAACCUAAAUACUCGGUGUGUGACCAAGUGAACGACUGCGGAGACAACAGUGAUGAAAAAGGCUGCACCUGUGGGAAGAAUCAGCUCCGUUGUGGUGAUGGCACCUGUUUGCCUCAGACUGUGAAGUGUAAUGGGAAGAAAGACUGUACAGAUGGCAGCGAUGAAGCCUCCUGUAAAGAGUCUUUGGGAAUGUGCACAGAUUUCACCUUCACCUGUGGAAAUGGCAAUUGUGUGAACAAACUCAACGCUGAGUGUGAUAAAGUCACCGACUGCUCUGAUGGGUCUGAUGAGAAGGGCUGUGAUUGUGGACAGCGACCGUACAAACACAACCGCAUAGUCGGGGGGCAGAAUGCUGAUGUGGGCGAAUGGCCGUGGCAGGUCAGCCUACACUACCAAACCAGCGGGCACGUCUGCGGCGCCUCCAUCAUCUCUAACAAAUGGUUGCUCACUGCCGCUCACUGCUUCAUGACUGGAGACCCUGUGUACCGUGAGACAGAGAACUGGAUGACAUACAGCGGAAUGAACGAUCAGCAAAGAGAAGAGAAUACUGUGCAGAUGCGAGAAUUGAAGACCAUCAUUACACACAGCGACUACAACCAGAUGACAUUCGAUAACGAUAUUGCAGUACUGGAACUGAAGGAGCCACUGGAGUUCACCAGCACUGUUCAUCCCGUGUGUCUGCCCUCCAGCUCACAUGUCUUCCCACCUGGGAUGCCCUGCUGGGUGACUGGCUGGGGAGCACUUCGGGAGGCAGGAAUCACUGCCUUUGUUCUACAGAAAGCGAUGGUGAAGAUCAUUAAUGACUCAGUUUGUGAUUCAAUAACGGAGGGUCAGGUGACCUCACGCAUGUUGUGCAGCGGCUUCCUUACUGGAGGUGUGGAUGCUUGCCAGGGUGACUCAGGAGGUCCUCUGGUUUGUCUCUCUGAAGCAAAUAUUUGGUUCCAGUGUGGGAUAGUGAGUUGGGGAGAAGGCUGCGCGCGGCGCAACAAACCUGGCGUCUACACACGACUCACAAAGUUCCGUCAGUGGAUUCAGGAACACACUCAAGUGUAGCAACGUGACAAACUCCAGGAUGACACGAUGCCCAGUGUGUUUAUACUGUGUAUGAGUGAGUGUGUGUGUGUGUAUGUGUGUGAGUGUGUGUGUAUGUGUGUGAGUGUGUGUGUGUGAGUGAGUGAGUGAGUGUGUGUGUGUGUGUGUGUGUGUGUGUAUGUGUGUG